GCCAAAUGGUAAUAGGCCAGCAUUAAAGAUUACAUACCCUCUCUUUUUCGUAGUCCAAGGUUUAGGUUAUGUUAUGUUCUGUGAAUUAUUUUUUUUUUAUUUUUUUGGUGUGGCAUACAUCGUUAUUUAUUUCUUUAUGGUGUAAAAUUUUGUUAGGAAAAGUUAUUGAUAAUUAUGUCGGAGCAGUAUAUAUCAGAAAACACACAGUACGAAGAGAACUCUGAAGAUAUUGCGGGUCUCCUAUUAGAAUUCAUACAAAACUAUGAAUUUUUGUAUGAUAUGAAAAAUAAAGAUUAUAAAAAUAGCAGAAAAAAAGAAGAUGCCUGGAAAGAAAUAGCGUCUAUAUUAAAUAUAAGUGUGGAUCAUUGUCAGAGGUUAUGGAAGUCCUUGAGGGACAAAUACACAAGGGAGAAGCGAAAUACAGGAAAAUCAGGUUCUGCAGCUCCCAAAUCAAAUUGGGUGCUGUUUCCGAAAAUGUCCUUCUAUGGAAAAUUCAGCAAACCCAGACAAACAUUCACAAGUAGGUCAAGACAAAACUUGGUGCUAAAGAGUCGCCCUUCAUCUUCAUGCAGCUCCGCUAGCAGUGGGAGAUCAGUUUGGAGCAUGCUGCUGUCUCCAGAGCCUCAGGGUGCAAAUGAGGGAAAAGAGGAGACUUUAGAGAGGGGGGAUUUGGUAUGUGAUAAUCCUGGUUCUUCCAGGAUCGGACAAACUACUUUAAAAACAUCCCCACAAGGUGUUUCUAAAAGAAAAAAGAGAGUUGCAGAUGAAGAGGUUAAUCAAUUUUUGGAACUAGGUAGAAGCCUGUCUAGUUGCAACAACACUAUCCAAAGGAAUCAAACCAGGCCAAAUGAUUCAAAUAGAUCAUUUUGCGAGUAUAUCUUUUCUGUACUAAAUGACAAUCCUCCUGAGAAAGCAAAGGAAAUUAGGAGGAGGUUCCUACAAAUCCUUUUAGAAGAAAACAUAAAUUAAUUAAGAAUAAAAGUAACGAAACAAACUUUUUUAGAUAUACCAUGUACAACAAUAGCAAUUGUAGGCAUUAAAGGAAUACACAAAA